AUGCACAGUGCAGUGCUUCAUUUACGAGGACAUGAAUUGACUUGUCAACCAAUUAUUGAUACCUGCAAUAACAUAUUGUGUUGGAACGGAGAAGUGUUCGGAAUGGAUGAAAUCAAAGACGAAGACAAAUGGGAUCCGAUGCACGACAAUGACACGAUUUUAAUCUCUGAAAUGUUGCAAGCUGCAGCAGAAAAGUUAACAUCGGAGGCAACUCUAAGAAACGAGACAAGUGACCCAGUAGUGGACGUGCUCCGGCGAGUACGUGGUCCUUUUGCAAUUACAUGGUUUCAUGAAGCGACAAAACGAAUAUACUUUGCACACGAUCGAUUUGGCCGUCGAAGUUUGCUUUAUAAUGUGCAUGGAAAUAGUAUGGAAGAGAAGUGUAGAGUAGACAUUUUGGCUAAUCUGGCGGGAACAGUCACAGCGUCGACGAAAAUUUCUAUUAACGACUUGACACGCUUUGUGCUAAGUAACGUGGCGAUCGGAGAGGGGAGUGAAGACUUGUGUCAGUACAAUGAAGUACCUGCAUCUGGUGUCUAUGUGCUUGGUCUAAGCGCAUAUACAGUUACGACGAACGGAGACUUACCGUCGUUUCGAAUAGAGUUUUUUCCGUAUACCCCAAUCAUUCCGACGCUAACCGUAACAUCGAGUGCAUCAAGUCACAUUAUGGAUAGAUUCGGAACCAGGUUACCCUCCAUAACGAAUGAAGCUGGAAUUUUGGCUCAAGAAAAUCUAGAAUCUCUUUAUUCCUCUGCAUGUGCACUUUUGGUAGCGUUGAGCAAUGCUGUUGGUAUACGUAUUCGCUCUCUUCCGUCGAGAUCUUUUGAAAAGAAAUCAUCUUCUGCUCAAGUGGCUAUUCUUUUUUCAGGUGGCAUCGAUUCCGUCGUUCUGGCCGCGUUAAGUCAUUUUCAUACUCGUCCAAACGAACCUAUUGACCUCUUAACUGUGUGUUUCGAUGAGCACUCAGCAUUUAAAUCACCAGAUCGCCGUGCAGCUGAAACAUCCCAUGCUGAACUUUGUCGGUUGUACCCAAAACGCCAGUGGAAUCUCAUCAAGAUCAAUGUAUCACGACGUGAACUCUCGAGUGCACAACACGAAGUACAAACGCUCAUGGCUCCAUGUGAUACGCACAUGGAUUUUAACAUUGGUGCAGCAUUCUGGUUUCUUUCUCGUGGGUGUGGAGAAUUAAGUGAAUCAUCUAAAACUCAAUCCAUGUAUUCAACGAGUGCUUCAGUCGUGCUAGUUGGAAUCGGUGCUGACGAACAACUUGCAGGUUAUGGACGUCAUCGCACGACACUUUUGACAAAGGGAGAAGAAGCACUACGAGCAGAACUUGAAAUGGAGUGCACUCGAAUCUGGAAACGUAAUUUAGGGCGAGAUGAUCGAUGCAUUGCUGCGCAUGGUCGCGAAGCACGAUUUCCAUAUUUAGAUGAGCAAGUGGUUGCAACAAUUGCAUCAUUUUCAGUCUCGAGUCUUUGUGAUGCACAUUUACCUCGUGGUAUUGGCGAGAAACGAGCAUUGCGUCUUGUAGCCAAAGCACUUGGUCUAUCAAAGUGUGCAAACCUUGCGAAACGAGCGAUCCAGUUUGGAUCACGAAUUGCUAAAGUGUCUAUUAAAGGCAGUGUGCGUCAAACGCAUGGAAAUGAUAAAUUUCUGAACUUUGAGUAG